UUUUAUUUUAUAUAUAGAGAGAGACUGUUUCUUUUUCUUCGUUCCCAUCCCAAACCCCAAACCCUGAGCCCUAUCGCCGCCGCCCUUAUACGGCCCUCUCCACCGAUCUCCGCCCCGCAACCAGUCUAAAAUGGUUGCACUCAGAGGUCAAGAUUCAACACUUGCUGAGGAAGAGUUGCUGAAUGAUUAUGUUGAUGAUGCUGAGGAAUCUGAAACAGAAUCAGACGAAGAAGUGCGACGGAGUGAACCUGCCAAGAAUUAUAUUAAUAAUAAGGAGGCUCUUCUUGAGAGGCUUGGUGAUAUAGCUUGGCCAGAGCAUGUCAAAUGGAUUGACAAGCUGACUAUUGAUCACAACCCAGAGCAAGAAAUAGAUGCCAAUGAUGAUCUGAUACGUGAAUCAGCAUUUUAUACGCAAGCUUUGAUUGGCACUCGGCAGGCCUUUGAGAAGUUGCAGUCCAUGGGUGUUCCGUUUCUCAGGCCUCCAGACUACUAUGCAGAGAUGGUGAAAAGCGACUCUCACAUGUUGAAGGUGAAAACCAAGCUUUUGGAAGAGAAAAAGAAGAUUGAGGAAGCAGAAGAGAGGAAGAAAGCUAGGGAAGCAAAGAAAUUGGCGAAAGAAGUCCAGGUGCAGAAGACAAAAGAGAGGGCAAAGCGCAAGAAAGACGAGAUUGAUUCUGUGAAAAAAUGGCGGAAACAACGACAGCAAAGUGGGUUUUCGAAAGGUAAUGAUGAUGAAAUGAAAUUGCCUCUGGAUGACGGUGAUGAUGAUGGCGGGUUCAAUAAGUCGAAGAAAAGGCGCACGGGGGUUGCUCCUGGAGACAGAUCUGGAGGAUUCGUAAGGAGAGGAGAUAAAAAUAAGAAGAGAGAUCACAGAGAAUCAAAGUUUGGCCACGGGGGCAGGAAAGGCAUGAAGAAGCAAAACACUGCUGAAUCAACAAAUGACUUUAGAGCCUUCAACAAGAACAAAUUUUCAAGAAACAAAGGGGGGAUGAAGAAGUGAUAAAGAGUUAUUAGCUUUAAUUUAAAGACUGAAAUUCGGAGAUUGAUUCUGUUAUGGUGUUGUAUAAGAAUUUUGUGGUAGUUAGACUUGCAAUUAAUGCUUUGAGAAUUUUCUUAAGUGGUUUCAUUAA